AUGGCACCCCCCUUCUUCGCCAUCAUCUCCGGCGUCGGCUCCGGCACAGGCGCCUCCCUCGCCCGCCGCUUCGCCCAAUCCUACGCCGUCGUCCUCCUCUCCCGCAAGCCAUCAAGCUACGAGCCCGUCGUCGCCGAGAUCAACGCCGCCGGCGGCACCGCCAUCGGCAUCACCGCCGACGCCUCCGACCCCGUCGCCGUCGACGCCGCCUUUGCAGAGAUCAAGACCCAACUGCCGGGUGCGAAACUUGCUGCUGCCGUGUACAAUGGCCAUGCGGGGAUGUCGAGGAAGCCCUUUUUGGAAUUGAAGCUGGAGGAUUUGCAGACUAGUCUGGGGACUGCUGCAAACGGCCUCUUCAUCUUCGCCCAAAAAACCCUCCCCCUCCUCCUCUCCUCCGUCCCCUCCUCCCCCCACCCACCAACCCUCCUCGUCACCGGCGCAACAGCCUCCGUCCGCGGCUCCGCCCUCUUCAGCACCUUUGCCGCCGGCAAGUUCGCCCAGCGCGCCCUCACCCAGUCGCUCGCCCGCGAGUUCGGCCCAAAGGGAGUGCACGUCGCCCUCGCGGUCAUAGACGGCGGCAUUGAUACCCCCUGGGGCAAGGACAGGGUUGUGAAUAACGGGGUUGAGGAUGGAAAGAUUAGUCCUGAUGCCAUUGCGGAGAGUUAUUGGCACUUGCAUACUCAGCACAGAUCUUGCUUCACUCAGGAACUGGACAUUCGUCCGUAUGUGGAGAAGUUUUAA